GUCGAUAUAUACGUAUCGUACGUGUUAGAUACAAACGAAAAGAUCGAUCUAUCGAAAACAAUUCGAUAGUAUCUUAGAAUACGCUCGAGAUGAUCACAUUCAAUUAUUUUCUAAUCCGAGUGUCGCGUAAUCAUCGCGAAAGUUAUUUCUUCUUUCUUUCUUUCUUCUUUUUUUUUCUCUCUCUCGUUGAAACGAUUCUUCUAAAAGAGAAAAAGAAAAGUUGCAGUCAAUAUUGAAAUAUUAAAAAAGAAAUAUGUCGAAGGUAUCGACGUCUCAAAUGGCGGGUAGCACCACCACCAACAACAACAACAACAACAAAAAGAAUAACGAUAAAGACAGUGAUGGUGUUAGUGGGUUUGGUAAUGGUGGUGGUAAUGGUGAUACAUUUUUUAUGGAACUCGUUGGUAAUAGUACGUACUACGAAUAUACGUCAUUGUUCAAACCUAUGGAUCAUGGUCUCUCGAAGGAUUUCAAAUUUUCAAGAACCGGUGAUACUCGUGAGAAAUAUUAUUACAAGUUGGAUCGGGAUGAGACGAAAUUGUUUGAGGAAAUCCUGUGGGAGGAUAAGGAAUCGGAAAAUAUCGAAAGAUCGAUGAUCCUACCAUGCGAGGAUACCUCUGUAACGAAGUUGGAUCAUUUGGAUUUAUACUUGGUUGAAACUAGUAACCUUCUUAAUCCUAUCAUCGAUGAUCCUUAUCUAAUGGGAAAGAUAGCAUGUUCAAGUGUGCUCAGUGGUAUAUACGCUUUGGGUAUAGCCAAAGUAACAAAUAUCAGAUUAUUUUUGGGAAUCUCUAAUCGUAUAGAAAUAAACGACAGAAACAUAGUUAUGUCGAUGGUUAUACGUGGUUUCAAGGACACGGCUAAGACCGCCGGUACACUUGUCAGAGGAUGUCAAAUUAUUGGCAAUCCAUGGUCUAGUUGGAUAGGCGGUACUGCCAGUACUGUUUGUACUCAUCAACAAGAACUUGUACCACCUGAUGGUGCAACGAUUGGUGAUGUUAUUGUCCUUACCAAACCAUUAGGUACUACAUUGGCUAUUACCUUAUAUCAAUGGAUGGAACAACCGGAAAAACGUGCGAGAUUAUUACUAACUGUUAACGAGGAAGACGUUAAAAGAGCUUAUUGCAGAGCUGUCGAUUCUAUGACUAGGACUAAUCGUGUAGCAGCGAUUCUUAUGAGAAAGUACAAUGCUCAUGCAGCUUGCGAAGUAUCAUCUUACGGAAUUCUUGGUCAUGCCGAACUAUUGGUACGUCGUCAAAGGAACAACGUCAAUUUUGUAAUCCACAAUAUGCCGGUUAUAGCUAAGAUGUGCGGUUUAUCAAAAAUAACUGGAAGUUCGAUGCCAUUACUUCGGGGUACGAUACCAGAGGUGUCCGGUGGAUUACUCGUAGUAUUGCCUCGCGAACAGGCUGCGGUUUAUUGCAAGGCAUUGGAAAAAGUUGAACAUAUGAAUGCUUGGAUCGUUGGUAUCGUUGAAAGUGGAGAAAGAAAGGCACGAGUUAUCGAUCGUCCAAGAGUUAUCGAGGUACCAUCGAAGAACACAACUGAUUCUUUAUGGUGAUAGAAUUUUUCAAUGAAGUUAUUCGAAUCAGAUAAUAACAUGCGACAGAAUCUACGUUUAAUCUUGUUACCAUUUUCAGUGGAUUUAAAAACGAUCGUUUUAUGCGUUAUGUUGUUAAUCUAGAAGAUACUAUUUUUUCUUUCUUCCUAUUUUUUUUUUUUUUUUUUAUAUAUAUAUAAACGGUGUAAAGUUAUAAUUGAUACUGUUAGAAAUAUCUCGUAUCUAUAACAGAUAGUUUUAUAUAUAUAUAUAUAUAUUUAUUUAUUUAUUUAUUCUUUAAUAUUGUUAGGUUUCUCUUGUUUUCAUUGUAUUUUGUCAUAAUGAAGUUGUAACUCUGUAUUUCUCAUAAUAAUUUAUGAUAUUAUCUAUCA